UGUCAUGUGAUACUGGACAGGAGAAACAUCAAUACAUUCCUAUGAUGGGCCAACUUCUGAAACCAGGUGGGAGUGUGGACGUUCUUGUUGAUAAUCCCUGUCGCCUGCUGAGGUGGAAACGUGAGAAGUGUCCGGAAAACAAAGUGCAGGAAGAGGAAGUUCAUGUUUGAGUCGUGACACUCACUGAAACUCGGUUUAAUCGAGACUCCUUGCGAAUGCAGAGAUUGUCAACGUGGGCGACAGCAGGCUGAUAAAUAGAGAUGCAGGAUUGGAGCCGGAGACUGAGCUACAAAUGGAGGCCGAGCGCUGCUGCUGCUGCUGCGGAGGGGAGGGGGCGUUACAGCCGCUCUCUCUGGUCCAGCCUGCCCCGCGGAGACAGACGCGACCCCCGGCCAUGGCUCAGUGUGUGACCGUGGGGCUGCUGCUCCUCAUCCUCGCUGCUCUGGCUCUCCUUCUCACGGUGGUGCUCGGAGGGCGAGGCCACCCCGUGUCACCGGACAGCCAGACGAUGAAGCCUGAGAGACAAGCAUCAGGGGGCAGCUUCGAACAGCAGCAACAGAAAAACUCUGGCCAUCCAAGUGCCAUGCUAACAGCUCCUACAGGCAAUAAGACUGAUGGGGAUUAUCUUCUAUGGGAGAGUGAUAAGGGAAAUGCCUUCUGUCUUGGAGGUUUCAUCUACUCCGGGGGAAGCCUUGUCGUGCCCCGAGCCGGCAUCUACAGAGUCUUCCUGCAGAUCACCUAUGAGAGCAAGAGUCACUUCCACUGUAACCUGAGGCUCAAGAGCACAGUGUUUGUUCUGCAGAAAAGUUACAAACUUGAUCAACCUCUCCUGAUGUCAGUAGACACCGUGAGUAAGAAAUUGAAGAGGUGGAAUAAAUCCCUCUAUACAGCCGGCCUGUUCUUCCUGGAUGCUGACAGCAUACUGCGAGUGACAUCAUCAUGCCAGGAACUUAUUGUUGGGAACGAAGACCGUGUGUUCUUCGGUGCUGACCUUCUGCCUCAGUAAUCUGACCGUUAGGAUCACCUACAUCUGCUCUGCAAGUAGUUUGCACCUUUAACCCCAUGGAAACGUAAAGGGACAGUUUGGAUGCUGAGAAGCAGGGUUGAAUAUGAUACUUAUCUAUAGUCAGAGUUUGACCCAUGCCAUGUUUUGAAUUAAUUGGACAUACAAACUGAUCAAGGCAGCAGGAGACCUGACUUUUGAUGAGGUCUGGUGUCUCAAAAGAGAGCACAGAUAGCGGCUUAAGUUCCCCAUCAGAAAGGGCUAUCAGAAGGCAUAAAAUACACUAAGGUAAAGUUAAAAUUAUAUACUGCAUCUACUUAUAAGAAUAUACUACCCCUUUAAGGAAAGAUAGCUAGUUUUCUGCUCUUCUUCUAUUACUUCUCAGAGUCUAUAGUAAUGAUAAUGCAAGAAGCUGCCAGUAUCUGCUCGACCAAAGUUCUCUAUUCAUCUCACACGCUGAUGAUUAGUGAUUUAACUGAGAUGCACUGAGAAUGCAUAUUGAGAAUGUAUAUAUUUUUUUAAACAUCCCAAACUCUUGUAACUUCACAGCCUUCUGACAGAAUACGACUGUAAACGUAUCCUAUAACUUAUUCUAUAAGUUCAAGUAUUUUGAUCAUUUAUGCAGAACCAAGUUCAUCAUGUUUUAUUUAUUCAUCAAUUUUGAAAGUGAGGAUUUUCUCUAUUUGUUGAUUGAAUAUAUUUGUGAUUGAGACUGUAUAUGACACCAGCCGAGGAUUUUAAAAUAGUCAACAAGAAUUUUCUGACAUUUUACAAUGUAAAAAAAAAAGGGAUAUUCCAAAAAGAAUGAACAGAUUUGUUUGUUGUUAACAGUAAUAUAUCCAUUGAGAAGGCUAACCGAUGUGUAGGCUGAUCACACAUAGAAAGGGUUUCUCUGUUCUUCUCUACAAGCCGGGUUUUGUGCUACAAUAUGCUGACAUAUGUUUAACAAGGUUAAAGCUGUGCUUUAAUGUAUUAUUAAGUUCAUUGGUUGUGGCGACACUGCACUCUAAAUCGUUGCUAUGCAAAUUGAAAUGUUCUUACUUUUGUGAUGAUUUGUGAUUUUUUACUUACUGGCCCCCCUAACAAUGAAAACGUUUUUUUUUUGUUUUUUUUAAAUGUAUAUUUUCUGGUACUCGGUUUGCCAAAAACCGCAGGAUUUUGUUGCUGUAAUGUGAGAUUGUGCAGACACCCUUAU